AAUAAAAAAUUUUCAUUUGCAGCAAACUUGCUAGUGCAGUAGUGCUCCUGAACCGGUGGUGUUUGCUUCCUUUCUUCCUCCGCGAAUUAUCGUUCUACCUACUACAUCGUCUUCGAUUCACCACCACUAUUCUAGGGCAAGUUUCUCAUCGGAACCCUGAACAAUCGCUGUUUCGCGCCGUGAAUUUGUUAAACGAACCACCAUGUUCUUCAGCGGCGAUCCCUCUACUCGCAAGCGCGUCGAUUUGGGUGGUCGCAGCUCCAAGGAACGGGACAGGAAGAAUCUGCUCGAACAGACGCGAUUGGAGCGGAAUCGCCGUUUGUGGUUGCGCCAACAGAACACUGCUGCUCUUAAGAUCCAGAAAUGCUUCAGAGGUAGAAAAGUUGUUAGAGCUGAACAGUCUGAUCUGCGAGAGAGAUUCCUUAGGAUCCACGGGAAGAACUGCCAGAAUUUAGACAGGAAUGCUUUUGGUCCAGAUUCUGAUUUCCUUCGCCAGUUCCUCUAUUUCUUCAAUGCAGAAAAUGUUGAUGAUUUUUUAGUUCUUGUGCAAAUUUGCCGAUUGCUUCAACAGUUUGUUCAAGAGAGUGGUGAUAUUGUGAGACUCUUGGCUGGUGCGGAUUACUCAUCCGUUUGUGCUUUGGUGAACUACCGAGUGAAGCAACUUGUACAUACUUGUAUUCGUGCCAUACAUCAUAAUAGAAAUCAGUUGAAGGAUCAACUGUUAUUGACCUCGAAGAAAUCUAAUGCAUCGGCUAUUCCUUUAUUGGAAGUUUUAGUAUUGUUGAUAGAUCCCAAAUUGCCAUGGAGCUGUAAGAUAGUAGGAUAUCUCUCUCAAAACAAUGCAUUCAGCCUACUUAGAGAGAUUGUUCUUACAGGAAAGGAUAAUGUGGAAAGUUGUGGUUACAGUGAAGAAGGAUCAUCUUUGGAGCGUCUGCUUACAGUUUUAAUAUGUCACAUUGGUCAGAAGCCAUGUAUCUGUUCACAUAUUGAUCAAAGAUAUAGCUUCUCCUCACAAAUCCUAACAAUUCCUUUCUUGUGGCAUACUUUUCCAAACUUAAGACAGGUUUUUGCCAAAAAGGGCCUAAGCCAACAUUACAUUCAUCAAAUGGCUACAUUUGUUCCAAAUCUGAUCAGUUUUCUACCUAAGGAUAUAUCGGAUGAAUUUCCCACCUAUGCUUGUCUUCUUGGAAAUAUAUUAGAAACUGGAGGAAUUGCUUUGUCUCAACCUGACUGUUCAUUUGAUACGGCCAUAGACCUUGCAGCUGUUACUACAUAUUUACUAGAGGCUCACCCGUCUCUUGCAAGAUCUGAUAGUAGAGAAAAUUCUAAGACUGCUGAUGAUGAUGCUGGUGAUGAUGAAGUCAUGGAAAUAGCUUUGGAUAGGAAAUUGGAUCAACAAAUUUGUAAUUCCAUAGAUACACGCUUCCUUUUACAGCUGACAAACAUAUUAUUAAGAGAUAUUUCAUCUCCCAAUGGUUCGGAUUGUGGGCCAGAUGAUAGGGAGGUUGCAGCUGUGGGUGCAGUUUGUGGGUUUUUAUAUGUUAUCUUCAACACAUUGCCACUUGAAAGAAUUAUGACUGUGCUUGCCUACAGAACUGAACUUGUUCCUAUGCUUUGGAACUUUAUGAAGCGGUGCCAUGAGAAUAAGAAAUGGUCUUCUUUGUCUGAGCGGUUAUCAUACCUCUCAGGUGAUGCCCCUGGUUGGCUGUUACCCCUGGCUGUAUUCUGUCCUGUCUACAAGCAUAUGCUUAUGAUAGUUGAUAAUGAGGAAUAUUAUGAACAAGAGAAACCUCUAUCACUGAAAGAUAUUAGGAGCCUCAUCAUUCUGUUGAGGCAGGCUCUGUGGCAGCUACUGUGGGUGAAUCAUACCACAUCUGCUAAUUCAGUAAAAUCUCUCACAGUUCACUCAACUACUAAAAGGCUAUCUGUUGAAGCCAUUCAGCUGAGGGUUAGCAAUGUGGUCUCUGAACUUCUGUCCCAGCUGCAAGACUGGAAUAACAGACGGCAGUUUACAUCCCCCGUUGACUUCCAUGCUGAUGGAGUGAAUGACUUCUUUAACUCUCAGGCUGUCAUUGAAAACACACGAGCUAAUGAAAUUUUGAAGCAGGCCUCUUUCUUGAUACCAUUUACAAGCAGGGUUAAAAUUUUCACUUCUCAACUAGCUGCUGCUAGGCAAAGGCAUGGGUCACAGGCUGUAUUUACUAGAAACCGGUUCAGAAUUAGACGAGAUCAUAUUUUGGAAGAUGCUUAUAAUCAAAUGAGUCAGUUGUCAGAAGAUGAUCUUCGAGGACUGAUUCGUGUUACUUUUGUCAAUGAGUUUGGAGUUGAAGAGGCUGGAAUAGAUGGAGGUGGAAUAUUCAAGGAUUUCAUGGAGAACAUCACGCGCGCCGCCUUUGAUGUGCAGUAUGGAUUAUUUAAGGAAACAGCGGAUCAUCUGCUUUAUCCUAAUCCUGGAUCAGGAUUGAUACAUGAACAACAUCUCCAAUUUUUCCACUUUCUUGGUACCCUUCUUGCAAAGGCCAUGUUUGAAGGGAUUCUGGUUGAUUUACCAUUUGCUACAUUCUUUUUGAGCAAAUUGAAGCAGAAGCACAACUAUUUGAACGAUUUGCCUUCCUUGGAUCCAGAAUUAUAUCGUCAUCUUAUAUUUCUAAAGCGUUAUGAGGGUGACCUCUCGGACUUGGAACUAUACUUUGUUAUAUUAAACAAUGAAUAUGGUGAGCAAACAGAAGAGGAGCUGCUUCCUGGGGGAAAGAACCUCCGUGUCACUAAUGAGAAUGUCAUUACUUUUAUCCAUCUUGUAGCCAACCACCGCUUGAAUUUUCAGAUACGUCAACAAAGUACUCAUUUCCUGAGAGGAUUUCAGCAACUUAUUCAGAAGGACUGGAUUGAUAUGUUUAACGAGCACGAACUUCAGCUUCUGAUAUCAGGCUCACUUGAUAGCUUGGAUGUCGAUGAUUUGCGGCUUCACACAAACUACGCGGGAGGCUAUCAUAGUGAACAUUAUGUGAUCGAGAUGUUAUGGGAAGUUCUCAAAGGAUUUUCAAUGGAAAACAAGAAGAAAUUUUUAAAGUUUGUGACAGGUUGCUCUCGCGGACCAUUGCUUGGAUUUCGAUAUCUUGAACCUUUGUUUUGCAUACAGAGGGCCGGUGGUAAUGCUUCAGAGGAAGCUCUUGACCGGUUACCAACAUCAGCUACUUGUAUGAAUCUACUAAAGCUUCCACCUUAUAGAAGUAAGGAGCAAAUGGAAACCAAACUUCUGUAUGCCAUAAAUGCUGAUGCUGGCUUUGAUUUGAGUUAAAAGGAGGAAUUGCAGGUUAUCAUAUCUGUAGGUUUCCAUUAUAGUAGAUGGCUCGCCAAUAAUCGUCGCAGAAGACAAAAAUUAUCAGAUGGUGUGAACUGGGAAUAGAAAUGUCAUGUACAUAUAUUCAUUUUGAUAAUGUUUGUCAAUUUGUAUUCAUGUAAAUAUAUUUAAAAUAUAAAGUGAUUUUGUAAAAUUCAGUUUUUGGCAGGAUUUUUCUUUUUCUGGUUA